GCUCUUAGUCGUGUUUGUUGAUGCUUUGGUCGCACUCUGCGGAUUGUUUUGCUCCACCAUGGAUCUUCAAAGUACCGAUCGAGAGAAAGGCGAAAAGGUGAAGAUAGUCAAUCAGGUAAAGCAUAUACCGAAAGAUGCCCAAGUUGUGAUGUCGAUCCUGAAAGAGCUCGGUGCUACCGAUUACGAGCCACGGGUCAUUAACCAGCUGCUGGAAUUUACCUACCGAUACGUAACAUGCAUUCUGGACGAUGCGAAAAUAUACGCCAAUCAUGCACGGAAAAAGGUGAUCGAGCUGGAUGAUGUGAAGCUGGCCACACAAAUGAUUUUGGAUAAAGCAUUUACAAGGCCUCCGCCGCGGGAUGUUUUGCUCGAGAUAGCGCGUGUGCGCAAUGCUACACCGCUGCCACUAAUUAAAACCCAUUGUGGUUUGCGUCUGCCGCCAGAUCGUUACUGCCUGUCCGCGUGUAACUACAAGCUUCGUGCCGCACAGCAACCCAAGCGCAUGAACAAAUCCGCACUCGAUGGGCGAUCAUCUCUCAAGUCGGCCAAAGCAGCGGCCGGCGGAGCAGACGGUGGAGGCGUUAAGCGGCCAUCCGUGCAGUCCACCCCGAAGACGCAGGUAGUUAGCAUUCCGAAACCGGUGUUUAAGUUUAGCACGGCACCGAAAACAACACCGACGACGACAACGAAAGCAGCCAAAACGGCGGUCACAUCAGUUGGGUUGGGUGGAAGCAACGGUUCGUCCGCCGGUACCGCCGCAGGUGUUGCUGGUGCAGUGGAAAUUAAAAUGGAAACGGACGACCAGUUCGGAGAGGUGAACAACGGCAACAAACGCAAGCGGGAAGAAGAUGACUUUGAAAUAGUGGAAUAAUUUAAUAGUCUUUUACAAUAAACACUCCAGUGUGACUG